AUGGGCCCAAUCGAGGACCGCAAGCGCACAGAACAUAGCUGUGACCGCUGCAAAUCGCGAAAGCACAAGUGUCAUCGUAUUCCAGGCCAGCCACGCUGCCAGCACUGCCAGCAGCACGAUUACCAAUGCAUCAUCACCAAACCGCGCAAGACAGCGUCUAUACGGCAGCGUCGAUCAUUCAGAGGCUUGAUCCCUGAGACCGAUGUUGGAGACCUCAACGCCCUGCGAGCCGUUGGCCGCUCACUUGGCAUUCCACUUCCGGAAGACAAAGGGAGUGCUGGGCCAAUCCAGCAGCCUGAUAGCAUUGAUCCGUUACCCAAGGAGAGUAAAACCCUAGUACAUGAUCGACAGGGCCAGGGCCAAUAUAUCGGCCCGGCCAGCUCAUAUGUCUUCCAGAUGAGACUGCGAACAUUGCUGGGCCGCGAGUCGCAAGGCCGGUAUGGUCAGAUGACUCUGGAUGAGCUUGUGCGUGUCUACUUUGACCGCGUAAACAGUGAUUUCCCAGUCCUGCAUGAAGCAGCAUUUCUUGAGACCUUUGAUAAAUGGCGUGUCGCACCAGACUCAGUGGACCGUGCCUGGCUUUGUAGUCUCUUAUGUGUGCUCAUUCUUGGAGUCAGGGCUCAAAAGGGCAGUUUUGCCAACAACAAUCACAGCUCCAUGUUGGCCGACGAACAGCGGUGGUGGUCACAUGUUGAAACCCUCCUACCUGGAGUAUUAUUUACGUCGAGCGUAAACUCUGUGCAGACAUUGCUGCUAGCAGCGCUCCAUCUUCACAACACCAACCAUCGUGACGCAUGCUGGACAAUAACAGGGGCCGCAGGACGUAUUGCCAUUGCCAUUGGGCUACAUCGUGAUGAGAUUGAACCUGCUGGCCCCCGUUUGGCUCGUGAACUUCGCAAAGUGCUGUGGUGGACUUUGUAUGGCUUUGAACAGAUGCAGGUCUCUUCGCAUGACCGUCCUAGUGCUAUUGAUGCUACAAAGUGCUCAACCGCUGCUCCGCGAGAGCGCAUCUUGGGUAGCAGUGGGUUUUUCGGCCCACCGGACUAUAUCUUAUGCUGGACACAACUAGUAAAGCUACUAGGCCUCGUAUGUCGAGAUCUUCCCACAAUCACCACCAGUGCCGAGACGUAUAUCGGCCCAUUAUCUCCUACAGCAAGUCUUCUACGAGAUUUAAGUCGAUGGCACAAUUCGCUGCCGGUACACCUUGCUCUGCCCGAGGCAGUUACUUUGCCGGAUGCUUUUCGGCGACCGACACUACUCCUUCAUAUUCAGUACCACUAUGCAGUAACGCUUUUGACAAGAUAUGCGCUGCUACUGUACUACCAGGCAACACUAAGGCCUGAAGAGAGUGCCACUGAGGAGAUAGCACGUAUGGCCAAAGUGUGUAGCUGCUCAGGUCGAAGAGCGUGUGAGCUGCUGCUAAAGCUUGAUGAGAUCAGUGAAUUCAAUGCCGGGACAUGGUGGGAUGUGUACUAUCUAUACUCCUCAACUCUGGUUGUGACGUUGAGUAUCCUGUGCGAUCAACAGAUGUUUAGCGAGCCACUGGUGCUCUUGGACAAGUGUACUGCCAUGGCCGAGCGCCACGGGGCUUCAAAUCCAAUGAUGCCGGGCACUAUGCAGCUGUGGUUUGCGGCCAAUACAACAACAUCGUCGGCACAGGCUGGAGAAGACUCAUUACUGGAACUGCUAGAUGAAGAGAAUGCACUAUCAUGGGAUUCAAUAGGGACGAUGUUGUUGAGUAGUUCUUUUGAGACUGCUGUGGGAGCACUCUUGUAA